AUGCCUGACGGAAUUGAUAAUGGUGUUCGUUAUGCUGCUUUGUAUGAGCAGAAAGGACUUGAUCCAACUGAAAUUGAAGCUAAUAAACAGCUUCUUGCUAAUGCUAAAGAAUCAGUUGAAGAAAUGAUUUCUAACGAAGUGCAGAAAGAGCUUGAAACUGUACAGGUUUCUAAAUCUGAUAGCAACGCUAACGAAGCUGGUUUAAAUCCACUUUCAAUGAAUGGAACUAACGGUGCCGGUGAAGUUGUAGAUACUACCCCGCCCGAAGAUAUGGGAAAUCUUGCUGCUUUAACUCAAGUUUUCAAUAUGUUUUAA